AUGUCCAUUGAGCCGUAUCAGCUUGAACCUGAAUAUUCUUCCAGUGAGCAAGGAGAGGAAGAACAGACUGAUUCAGGGAAGGAAGAAGUCUCUUCUUUAGAUUCUUCGAGACUUGAAAGUCGCCGGACGGACCUGUCUUGGUGCGAAUAUGAGAGAUGUUGUGUGAUGCCAAGUGAAGUUGAAUGCGACUGCUGCAAAGAACUUCCUUUUUUGUCCCAACUGGUGGAAGGUUUGUUGAUCCCGAUGUAAUAUAUUUAUUUAAUCUCACUUUUCGUUUUCCGAAGGGGUGCCAGGAACAGUAUAAAAAUUUACGAUCCGAAUUAAUUGUACUCUUAGCGGGUUUCCGGCCCAUAGUCUCAUAGUUGUUUGCGUCCAUCCCUGAAUCUCUCGACCGAUUUAUCGCUCAUUUCUGAAUAAAAUGGACUUGUUUCCUAUCGCAAAUCGUCCGAGAAACAAAUCUCUAGUCAAAAUUCGACACAGUUACUCGGACACGAGUGAGAUUUUUAACUAUAAAAUGUAAUCUUCUUUUGUUUACAUAUUUAGAAGGCUACAGUUCAAAAUUGUUGAUAUUGACAUGUUAUGGUUGUUUUCGUGGCCGUGAAAUUUUAGUACAAAGUUAAGCUAAUGCCAGUAAAAUAUUGGAUGUUUCUUUUUGUACAAUCUAAUUGAUAUUUUAAGCACCUGAAGUUGUCUGAUCAAUAGUAAUACAAGUUAACUUGUCUGAAGCAUGAAAUGAACAGCCCUGUGCAUAAAUAGAUGACUUUGAUCUAUGGACAGGAGAUAAUUUGUGCUUUUUGGCGAAAAAGAUGCACCAUGCAACAGUUUGUCAUUUAUUGUUGUGGUUGUAAAAAAGGCUCUUAGGGGAGGGGGUACUUAAAAGAGAGGGGUCUUAAAUUGAUUGUUAUACUUUUGAAACGGUGGAGGGGGGGGGGGGUACACUUAUUUGAUAAGAGAGGAUUUACAUUACUAUUGACUGCUACCUUGCCUGUCACCAAAACCCACAUUAGGUUUUUUGGAAGGGGGGGGGAGGGGGGGUGUAUGGUCUGGGUUGGGAUGGACUUGACGUAACUUGAAUGUAAGCCAGGAAUAAACUAGUCAAUGUGUAAACAGGUGAGGUCAUUAGCAGCAAACCUGUGCAUUGUCUCCUAUGACAUUUAUAAAUUGAAUAUAGUUUUCUUCAAGGUCAUUUUGUUAUGCAGCGUAUCGACAGUUCACCUGGUGGGCUCAUGGGUACCUUGGCAAAAAAAUUUGACGUGUCAUCCCCUCAUGUGCAGUAAAAAUUAUCAGGAAUACUUUUGCUGCUGAAGGUGGCAUUUACACUGGAUAUCUUCCUGGAGAUGAUGAUGAUGACAGUGCCUUUGACAGUGAGCUUGAACAAGCAUGGAGGGACUUUUUAAAUAUUUAA